UGCCCCCGCUUCGACUCCCUCCCCCCCUCAAAACAAAUCAAACAUUGCCCAGACUGCCGCCUCUUCUUCGCCAUUUGCUGCCACCUCUCCGACUCCGACUCCGACACGGUCAUCAGCAGUGGGAAGCCAUGCCAUCAUUAUCGGGUCGUAUUCACCGACGGCGCGUGUCCCGGUAAUGGGACGGGUGCGGCAAGAUCGGGGAUGGGGAUUGUGUUGGGUAUGGACGAGGUGUUGCAGUGGGCUUUGCCUGUGGAUGAUGAUGUCGAUAAAUUCGACAUGUCGGUCAGGAUGAGUCAAAGAGCGGAAUUGUUGGCUGCGUUGGAGGGAGUGAAGAAGAUGAGCGCGCUCGAGGCGUUGUGUUAUCAGCCUCCGGCGAUGAGGGACGGUUGGCACGAAGAGCGAUCGAUGGACGAACGGGAUAGAGCUCCGAAACAGUGGAUCGUUGUGAGCGAUUCGGAGUAUGUGGUAAAGGAUAUGAUAGAGUGGGUCCCGAGUUGGAAGGCCAAUGGGUGGAAGAACGCUCGAGGAGACACCCCAAAGAAUAUCGAUCUCUUCCGGCGACUUGACGAUGCUAUCAAGCAAGAACAAGCGAGACAGGCUGUCGAGAUUCGGUUCUGGCACGUUCCGAGGGAGUUCAACGCCCUCGCUGAUGGGUUGGCAAAACGAGCCGCUGAACAGGCCAGGCCAGUCGCCCUACCUGUCUCUUGA